AUGGCCGAGUGCAUCGUGCUCCCGACCGGCCGGACCGUCCUCCUCGUCCACCAUGCGCAUGUGCUCUACUGCAUCGACCAAGCAUGCUACCACCAUGGCGGGCCGCUCCUCACGGGCGACAUUGAAGAGAUUGGCGGCAAGGUCGCCAUCUCGUGUCCAUGGCACAACUACAAGAUCGCGCUCGAGAACGGCGAAGGUCUCUACAUGGGCCUCGAUGCUGCCAACAUGCGGGGCGACCCCGUCCUCAAAAGCAAAGGCGUCAAGCAGCGGACGCAUCCCGUCGAGGUCCGGCCCGACGGGCUCAUCUACGUCGCCGACGCCAUGGAGCUUGCAACCAAGGCGAUCGCGUCGGAUGAGUAUGCGUACAAGAAGCAGAUCAUCCCGACCGACGUCGACGAGACGGGCCUCGUCAAGCUCCACUCGCGCAUGUCGUAGCGUGUAAUAGACGCGACCCGUCCCUGUCGC